AUGUCGCUGCUAGAGCUUGCAGCUGUUUUAGCGUUGAUAGCCGAAAAAACAAUUGAAGGAGACAAACCAAAAUCUCCAUCAAUCCAUACAAAUGAAUCUACAGCUAGUGAAAACACCAGUGUAAAUAGUAGUAUUGCUUUUAACCCAGAACCGACCAGACAAUUGGUAAAACCUUUAAAAAUAUUAGACUUAAGUUUAAACUAUGAUCAACCUCCUGUACAACCAAAUAUUGUUUAUCCUUACAAAUCCAUAAGUAAAAGUAAACGGUCCUUUAAUAGUACUUGGUAUAAACAGAAUCCAUGGAUUGAGUACUCAAUAAAAUUUGAUCAAAUUUUUUGUUAUUAUUGUAGACAUUCUUUAACACCAAGUCAACAUUGUAAUCCUAAUGCUGGUAAUCUAACAAUUCAUGGUUAUUCAGACUGGAAACAUAUAGGCAGUAUGGCUAAAGUACAUGAUAAAUGUGACACACACAAAUUAGCAUUGGCUAAAUAUAAAGGGUGGUGUAAUUCUAAAAUACAAGGCAGUGUUACAACUAUGAUUGACUCACAAAUAAGAGUUGAAGUUGCAAAAAAUAGGACAAUGUUAAAAAGUUUAAUAAGGUGUGCCAUAUAUUGUGCUAGGCAAGAUAUUGGUUUGCGAGGACAUUCUGAAACAACUGAAAUCUCUGAAAUUGUGAAUAAUGAUAUUGCAACAGAAAACAAAGGAAAUUUUGUAGAGCUUGUAAAGCUAUUAUGUAUUGAAAGUCAAACAUAUUGUUCAGCUUAUGAAGCGUUACCAAAGAAUGCAAAAUACACUAGUAAAAUAAUUCAGAAUGAUAUGAUAAGUGCAGCUUCAACAGUGAUUGCUCAGUCUAUUUUAAAAGAAGUACAAGAAGGUAGUAAAAUAUUCAGCUUAAUUGUUGACGAAGCUAGAGACGAUGCAAAGUUAGAGCAAAUGAGUAUUUGUAUUCGGUAUGUACAUAAUUCAGUGGUAAAGGAAAGGUUUUUAGGAUUUGUUGAACUCAAAGAAUUAAAUGCUAAUGCCCUAAGCUGUAAUAUUAAAUUAUUUUUGAAUAAUUUUGGACUAGAUUUGAGUAACUGUGUAAGUCAGUCUUAUGAUGGAGCAUCAGUUAUGUCUGGUCAGUUCAACGGAGUUCAAAAAAAAAUUAAAGAUAUGUCAGGAAAUUUGUGUCCAUAUAUACAUUGCCAUGCACAUAAAUUGAAUUUAGUUUUAGUUGACGUUUCAAGAAAGGUAGAAGAAGUACAUGAUACUAUAGGUCUCUUGGAAGCAGUUUAUGCAUUUCAGUCAUCAUCAACACUAAGGUAUCAAGUAUUUUUUGAUAAAACUGGGUCGAAAGUCCCCAUGCACUGUGACACACGUUGGGUAUCAAAAUUUAAAAGUAUUCGUUACUUUAAAAACAACUUUACAUUAGUAUUAACAGCAUUAAAAGAGUGCACUGAAAGUUCAAAAUAUAAGGAAGCUGCUGAAGCUAAGGUAAAUAUUCUAUCAUUAAACUUACAGACAACAACACUUGACUAUAGCCGUUGUGCAAAAUUGAUCAAAUCCACUAUGGAACAAUUGAUCAAUUUAAGGUCAGAAAAAAUAUUCAUCAAUAUUUACAAUGAAGCAGUAAGUGUAUUUCAGACUUCGAAUAUUGAACCUAACGAUACACUAAGUCCAACAAGAGAACUAAGAAUUUCAUCAACACUGGAUAACUAUUUAACUUAUUCAACACUUGGUGCUAGUACUAGUAGAAAAGAAAAACAAAACAUGUCCUCUAAAGAUACAGAAAAUGAAUUUAAAAGAGUCUUUUUCCAGAUUUUAGAUAAUAUGAAUAAUGAAAUGAUUUAUAGAUUUACCCAAAACAAUGAAAUAUUGAAUUAUAUCCAUGCAAGUGACCCCAAAUCAAGUGAAUUUCUAAAUUCAGAUUUGUUAGUUAAAUUAGGUAAUAUGUAUCAACCAUAUACAACUAAUGACUUUAUAGAAGUAUUGAAGAACCAGUGUCUGAUUGGAAAAUCUUUAUUUUUGGAUAAUUUAACAUUAUCUGACCUACAUCAACAAAUAAGCAACUACGGUGAGACUUUUGACCAUGUAAAAAAAAUAAUUGAAUUGGUUAUGGCCAUUCCUGUGUCUUCAGCUAGUGCAGAACGCAGUUUUUCCACCAUGCGCCGUGUUAAGACAUAUUUAAGAUCGACUAUGAAGAGUUCACGAUUAAGUAGCCUUACACUUUUAUCAAUUGAUUUUGAAAAAUCAGAUAAAUUAUUAAAAGAUCCAACUGCUGUCCUUGAAGUGUUUGCAAGCAUGAAAAACAGAAGAAUACAAUUUCAAAUUUAG